UCUUCAAAGCUGAACUGUCAUUGUCCCAGUAUAACUGCUUUCUGAAGGAGUGGCCUCCAAUCUCUAAAUUGUUUCUGCUUCAUGUGAAAGGUUUAUUUUCUGACGCUGUUCCUCUAGUUAGUCCAUCUUGUGUUCAGUGAGAGAUCCCACAAGUGCUUGUGACAUUCUCAGCACCGGCAUCUAUAAAGACCCCCGGUUUGUGCGAUUGUCAUCUUUUCUUGCUUUCCUGCUGCUGUCAUGGCCCUGCUGAGAGUGUCUUCCUACCGUAAGCUGUUUGAGGAGGAGCGGUGGAGCCAGGCUGCAGGACGCUGUGGAGUCCAGGCCAGCUUCACUGCCAGGGGUGGAGUUUCAGUGCGUGAAUGUCCCGAGCUGGAUUUUGCUGCAGCUCGUGCCCUAAACAAGGAGGGUGUGGCACGAUUUGUCUAUGAACGCUCUGUCAUUGCUGCCCUCAACGAUCGCCUGGCCGGCCUUAUCGACGUGGUUCGGUGUCUAGAAGAGGAGAAUGAAUCUUUGGAGGCUGAGAUUAUUGAGCUGGAGGAGAGGCUGGGGUCAGAGCAGAUGUCCACCACCACCGUCAGCAUCAGCGGUCCUGUGGACUACAGUCUGGAGGCUGUGAUAGAGAGGCUACAGAAAGAGAAGGAGGAGAUUUUAUGCAACACGGAGGAGCUGAAGGGUGAGCUGCGGCGUCUGCAGAUGAAAUAUGAUCAGGUGGUUGAGCACAAGAGACUCAUCCAGCAAGAGCGAGAAGAUGUUUCUGUGGAGGUGGAUGCAAUUACCACUGACUGCCUGGCCCUUCGAGAGCAAGUGGCCAUCUAUGAGGAGCAGCUGGCUGCCAUGGAGAGGCAGCAUGAGACGAGGCUGGAGAAAUUGUGUGAGCCCAGGACUCCGGAUGAAGGUUCUCCUACUGUAUCCCUGCAGUUCCCCUCCUUUGAUAUCACUCCAGCCAUCAUGGGCAUCAAGGAGUAUUAUGGCACACUAGUUGAGAGCCUCAAGUUUGAGUUCAGAGCCUCGAGUGCUGCCGCCAUCGAUGCCGCAGGAAAGGAGAAGGAGGAGCAGCUGGCUGAGUUGACAGGAGGGAAAGUGAAGGACAUCUCCAAAGAGACUGACGUGAAUGUCCUCAAGAACUUGAUUGCAGAGCUGCAGAAAGAGGUGGCAGAGCUGGAGAAGCGUGGAGACGAGUUGGAGGCUGAAAUAGAAGCCAGGAAAGCCAAAUAUCUGGAGGAAAUAGAGAAGCUGGAGAAUUACAUUUGUCAGCUGGAGGAGGAGGAGGCUGAUCUUCAGUUCCAGAUGAAGGAUCAGAGUGGGGAUUAUGAAGAACUGCUGAAUCAGAAGAUGAAUCUAGACAUAGAGAUUGCUGCUUACAGGGGUUUGGUUGAAGAAGAGGAGGAGAGACUGAGCUGCCUGUAAGAUGUAAGAAGAGGUGAUGCUUUCUUCUGGACUGAAGCAAACACAAAGAAACACUAAAACCACAUACAAUUCAACCCUUAACAGCGAGUCUCACAAAUCAGGAAAGUAAAGAAAACAGCUGUCAGACACACUUAACCUUCUGAGCAGAUGUAAACCUUCACUGACAGAUGAACUUCAGGGAGUUCGUGCAAGCUCAUUGAUAACGGGUCAGUGGCAGGUAACCUCGGGUCUUCAAGAAUCACUGGAUCUGUGCAGCAGUGGGAGUGUGUUGAGAGUGAUGGGGGAUUUUCAGCACUGGAAUCUUCUAUUUGAAGUUUCAUAGUCCCUGUCACUGAAACACAUACAUACCCUACUGUUGAAAUGUUUGGGGUCAGUAAGAUUUAUUUUCUUUUUUUUUUAAGAAACACAGUACAGUUUAUGCAGCAAGGAUGCAUUAAACAAAAGUGAUGAUAAUGACAUUUAUAAUGUUACCAAAAACUUCUGUUUCAAAUAAAUGCUGAACGUUCUAUUAAUCAAAGAAUAAUUUUCAUGCAUAAUUUUCUUCCAAAAUAUUAAGCAGCACAACUCUUUUCAACAUUAAUAAUAAGAAAUGUUUCUUGAGCAUCAAAUCAGCAUAUUAGAAUGAUUUCUGAAGGAUCAUGUGACGCUGAAGACCGGAGUAAUGAUGCUGAUGAGAAAUUCAGCUUUGUGAACACAGGAAUAAAUUACAUUGUUAAAUAUACUGAAAAAAAAAAAAAGUUACUUUAAAUUGUAAUAUUUCACAAAGUUACCUUUUUUUUUUUUUUUAUCAAAUAAAUGCAGACUUGGUGAGUGUAAGAGACUUCUUUUAAUAACAUUAAAAUAAAUCUUACCAACCCCAAACUUUCCUUGUGCUCUGUUGAAUCUUAACCUUUCCUGUACGGUCCAAACAUUGUUUUAGAGCAUUUACAUGCACUUUAAAAGUUUCAGUCGGAAUAAAAAAAUAAUUUGUCUCUUUUUUUUUUUUACUGCUUUAGUCUGACUGAAAUUGCACCGGCACGGUUUUGUUGUUCGGACUCAUGAGACAUAGGUAAUGAAAUUGUUGCUUGAUUUCAUCCACCUUAUAUCCGCACUACCAGUGUAUUCAAUCCUUCAGAUAUUCAAUUACGUAUUUAUGUCAUGUAUACAUGGACAGAAAAGAAAAUGUAGCUUGACUAUUCAAAAUUAUGCCAAAAAAAAAGUUGGAUAUAAACUUACCGACGGACACUUAGUUAGACAAAAAUUGUCUUCAAUGUAAAAUUCAUUGACUUGUUGGACAUUUUGCCUGUCUUUUAUCAACUGCAGCUCGUUUUAAAUUGAAAAUACUGACUCUCUUUGAUGCAACAACUUACACCAUUUAAAUAAAUA